CUAUUCCAUUAUAUUACCUGCACUUCCUCCAAUCUACAUCUGUUUGGUCGACCUUGACAUUAUGCCUCAAUCUCUGUGUGUCGAUACCUUUAUUGUUCCUGUUGGCAAGGAGAACCGAUUAUGCAAGCAGUUCAACACAGCCUGUCGCUCUUUCACCACGUGCACUUUAGGGCAGGCAAGUUCGUCCCAUUUACUCAAACUAAAAUUUUCCCAUACUUGUCUGCAUCUGCCUGGACCUUUUUCCCUCUUGAACCUACAAGAAGACCACAAAAUAAGUUCGCUCGCCCAAAGCUGCCAUCUUGGAAUGGCGGAUCAUGCUGUAAUUCAAAUGGCAGCACCAGAUCUCUCGUUACAGAUAUCUGAAAAUGCUUAUCGUGCUAACACUAUCAACAAACAAGAUAUACUCCCUUCCACAAGAACUCAUUGACGCCAUCAUCGACGAGAUACAUAACGACUCUGACCCAAAGACCGUCCAGCGCACCCUGAAAUUGUGCAACCUCAUCGGCAGGAUCUUUGUCCGCAGAACACGAGAGCACCUAUUCCGCCACAUCACGAUUCGGUCGAUUCCCGAAUGUCAAAAACUCCUUGCCCUAUCCCAAGUCCACUCAUUGACCACAUCCCUCAGCAUCAUAUUCCAGAGUCCUGUGCCCGGCGGCAGAGGCUGUCAAACAAUAUCCACUUUGACCGAGCUUCCUUCUCUUAUUGAUGUGCUCCAUAACGUCAAUACCAUCAGGCUCUGCGAUGUGGACUGGAAAUCCCUAUCUCAGCGAUUCAUUGAUUCCCUGGCAUCGCGGUCCUUCGUGUCCAUCACCCUUAUGUACACACAUUUUCCCGAUUCCAACGCUUUCUACUCUUUCCUAUCUCACUCACCCAACCUCCGCCAGUUCUCCUGUUUCAAGACGACCAUCGAUAGCAAUGAUCGUCCUCCCUUCGGCGCUUCUCAUCGGCCAUGUAUCACCGAGCUGUCUCUCCGGAAAAUGUAUCAGAUACCAGCUAUGCUAUUGUCGCCUGCCCUCUCCCCUAUGAAUCUGCAGAGCCUGCGAGUUCUCGACGUGUUCCUAGACGAAGUUGGCCAAUUUGAGCAGGCGCAUCGACUGAUGAACCUAACUGCGCAUUCUCUCGAAGUUCUUCGCGUCUCUCAAUUGUUAACACGACCAGAAGAUCGAUUGCAGUAUCUCCCCAUUGAACGUUUGAAGUCUAUCAUGAUUGAGACAUAUGAUUUUCACCUAGCUGUCUUCGACUGGUGGAUCGAACAUUUCGAGAAGCACCCAGCCAUGCAAUGCUCUUGUAUGCACCUCUUUGUCUGCGUACUCACCAAUCAGGUUCGCACAUUAGCAAACUACGCUGGUUGGAAGAGAUUGGAUAUCGCUCUAUCUCGGACUUCCAUCCGCUCGCUUGUUGUUAUACUCUUCGCGACAAGUGAUAUAAUACUAUUCAAGAAGCAAAACGCAAUGAAAUCUGCAGUCGAGGACAAUCUCCCUAUCUUGAUGAGCCGUAGGAUCGCGCGUGUUCAUGUCGAUUUGUACAAGAAGCCAGCUGUAGGCGGAAAUUUCCUUCUAAACUAAGGGACAAUGUUGAGUAUUAUAUUGCGUCUCAGUAUUCGCAUAUGUAUCUAUAAAUUUCUGAGAGGAUCCAAAGG